CAUGUUUGAUAAAUUAGCUAAACUAUCUUAAAUUUCGGCAAGUAAGUAUGGUUAUUUAAUUAUUUAUUUUUAUUUCCAAAAGGCUUGUAAAGAACUGGUCCGAUCUGUUUCAGAAAUAUGAAGUGCACGGUUUUUACAUUUAUUUGUUUAUUUGCAUUCGGGCAAGCAGCCGUUGCAGGGCUGCAGAAUGAUUUUGAUGAUACAGCAACUGGACUGAAAGCUGCUUCUGACUUGGUUAACGAGGAUGACCAACCACUGUCACAAAAGUUGGCUUCACUGGAAAUCUCGCAGCUAAACGCCGUAGCUGAUCUCAUUAGGAAUAUACUAGAAGGAUUCAGGGUUAUCGUGAUAUAUGGAAAUGACAUCUUACCCCCUCUAGACCCACUGCAUAUUCCGUCUCUCGGUCCUAUACAUUUCACGACUACAGGAGUUCGCGUGACAGCGCAAUUGGAGGACUUCAAUAUGCAAGGUCUGCGUUGGUACGUUGUAGACGAUACAUCUUUCAACGCGCUGAGGUUAACAAUUGGAAUGAAGAUGACCGUACCGUGGAUCACUGCAACAGGUACGUACGACGCACAUGCCUUCAUAACGUUGAUUCAACAUCGUGCUGGUGGUCGGUACAGGUUCUUCGUAAAUCGCCUCGAAACUAGUGUGGACCUCCGGGUGGGUACUAACAUUCUGGGAGGCGGAACUCUAAUCCUUCGCGAGCUCGAUAUUGACUUAAAAAUCCAUGAUGUGCAGGUAAACAUUGAGGGCAUGGUUGGGUCGAGUAUCCUCAAUUCAAUGAUCAAUUCGAUGGUCCAAAAUGCCGCUCAUAACCUGUUGGUCGAAGAAUUGCAUCUUAUUAGUGACAUGCUCAGCAGAGAACUAUUUGACGUCAUCAACGACCUCCUCAGCAAUUUCACACUGGAUGAUUUACUUGGGAUCAAUUGAUUCCUGACGU